AUGUCGGAAGUUGAAGUCUCCCGCUCGGAGAAGAAGAAGCACAAGAAGAAGACUGCCCCGGAGACCGAGGCCGACCCCAUGACCCCUUCCAAAGACGACUUCCUGAUCAAGCCCCAGAGCUUCACACCGGCGAUCGACACUUCCCAGUGGCCCAUCCUGCUCAAGAACUACGACCGCCUGAAUGUCCGCACCGGACACUACACUCCACUCCCCUCCGGCUACUCCCCGCUCAAGCGUCCCCUUGCUGAGUACAUCCGCUAUGGUGUCAUGAAUCUCGACAAGCCGGCCAACCCUUCCUCCCACGAGGUGGUCGCUUGGAUCAAGAGGAUCCUCCGCUCGGAGAAGACCGGCCACAGCGGGACUCUCGACCCGAAAGUUACAGGUAACUUGAUCGUUUGUAUCGAUAGAGCUACCCGUCUAGUUAAGUCGCAGCAGGGGGCCGGGAAAGAGUACGUCUGUGUGGCCAGGCUGCACGAUAAGGUCCCCGAUGUAGCUAAAGUUGCCAGAGCGCUGGAGACUCUGACUGGAGCUGUCUUCCAGAGGCCUCCCCUGAUUUCUGCUGUGAAGAGGCAGCUCAGGAUUAGGACUGUUUAUGAGAGCAAGCUGCUGGAGUAUGAUGUUGAUAGGCAUUUGGUUGUGUUCUGGAUUUCGUGCGAGGCGGGUACUUAUGUGAGGACCAUGUGUGUCCAUUUGGGUCUGGUUCUUGGUGUUGGAGGGCAUAUGCAGGAGCUUAGGAGGGUUAGAUCUGGGAUUUUGGGUGAGAAGGAUAACAUGGUCACGAUGCACGAUGUGAUGGAUGCUCAGUGGGCUUAUGAUAACUAUAGGGAUGAGUCUUAUCUGAGGAGGGUGAUUAUGCCGCUCGAGGUGCUGUUGACUAGCUACAAAAGGCUGGUGGUGAAGGAUUCUGCUGUGAAUGCAAUUUGCUACGGUGCAAAGCUGAUGAUUCCCGGGUUGUUGAGGUUUGAGAAUGAUGUGGAAGUUGGGGAGGAAGUUGUGCUGAUGACAACUAAGGGCGAGGCGAUUGCAUUGGGGAUUGCUGAGAUGACCACUGCUGUGAUGGCUACCUGUGAUCAUGGUGUUGUGGCGAAGAUAAAGAGGGUGGUUAUGGACAGGGAUACUUAUCCUAGGAAAUGGGGGCUGGGUCCGAGGGCUUCGAUGAAGAAGAAGCUGAUUUCGGAAGGGAAGUUGGAUAAGCAUGGGAAGCCGAAUGAGAAGACACCCAAUGAAUGGGCUAGGAACUUGGUUCUUCCUACUGGUGGAGACUCGAUGGUUGCUAGUCUUGCCGCUGCUGCUGGACCGGAUGUGGCAACCGAGAAGAAGAAGAGCAAGCGGAAACAUGAUGAUGAUACCCCUGCUGAUGCUGAGGCGACGACGAAGAAGGUUAAGGUUGAUCAUGUUGAGGUAGAGGAAACUCCCAAGGCGCAGGUGGAAGGUGGUGAUGAUAAGUCGGAGAAGAAGAAGAAGAAAAAGAAGAGCAAAGAGGGUGGUGAAGAGGAAGUUGUUGUAGCGGAGAAAGAGUCGGAGAAGAAAAAGAAGAAGGAGAAGAACGGUGAAGAGGCUGGUUCACCGGAUAAGGAGAAGUCGGAGAAGAAGAAAAAGAAGAAGAAAGAGAAGGAAGGUGAUGAAGGCGCUGUUAACGGGAAGGAAGAUGGCGAGGCUGAUAAAAGUGAGAAAAAGAAGAAGAAGAAAAAGAAGGACAAAGAUGGAGAAGAAGAAGAAUAG